AUGAUGUCUACUCUAGCCUUUUGUAGGGCGGGCUCCACGCCCGGAGCGCCGCCAUCAGGAGCAGCACCGGCGCCAGCUCCAGCAUCGGCGCCAGCUCCAGCACCGGCACCAGCUCCAGGAUCAGGAAGCGCAGGAGCAGCGGCAGCAGCAACACCAGCAGCGGCAGCAGCAACACCCACACCAGCACCAGCGUCAGGAGCUCCGGUGGCCAACGAUGGCAAAUCCGGCAACAUGAUGUUUCCCAGAGAGACAGAGUGGGGAGAUGGGCUCAGCGGCGUUCUCUUCGGUACGCCGGCACAGAACAAGGGCAAGAGGAAGAAAGGGCGGCUGGGGCUGGAGCCGCCGGACUUCCCGAUUCCCGACCAUGGUGGUGGAACCCAAAGGAAGCGCUACACCUUGCAGUUCAAGGAUCCUCAAGAUUCCCGACAAGGCCACGUUGGCGGCGUGGGUCAAAGACGUCGACAAGUACGAAGCCGCGCUUGCGGAGGAGACCAAGUACUCGCGAGUGAAGGGCAGGAAGAAAGCCAAGCACCGCAUGUCGACGUCGGACGGACUAGGACGCACACGGACGCCGAACGCGAGGUCGUGGACUGGAUCAAUGAUCUGCGUUCUGACGGCAUCUCUGCCCGUGUCUCGACGAGGAUGAUCAAGAACAAGGCCACGGAACUCAACCCGAACUUCUUCGGGGAGAGGCCGCCGCCGUCCGACAUCGAGGGCAACCUGCGGUACACCCGCAAGAAGACCGCGUGGUGCAGAAGGUUUCUCAGGGUCUACCGCUUUUCUGUGCGAGCCGUCACCCGUCAAGGCCAGAAACUUCCUACCGGCUGGCCCGUGAUCGCCAUGCACGCGAUCAAGGAGUGGANUACGGAGUCGAAUCCCUGGGGGCAGUGGCGGGAGGCAGCGCGAGCGGGAGCGGGGGUGGGAGUGGCGCUGGAGUUCCGUCGGGGCCGAGUCCCAAGUUCGCCUUGGCGCAGAUCGCCAACAUGGAUGAGACUCCUACGUUGAUGGAAACCCGGGGAACAACACUGUGAACCGCACCGGCGACAAGGAGGUU